AUGGCAUUUAAUGUUUCACAAGAACGUCUGGAAGAUGAGGCACGCCUUCUUUUCUCUGUAGAGGUCCUUCUUGCGAAUAUCCCUUCUCUCAUUACUGAUCUCAGUUCUGCCAAGUAUGCAUUGCUGAGCCUUACAGACAAAUACCGUAAUGAGGUGAAGCAAAAAAGUAUGUUAAUACCAUCUGUAAGUGAAAGAUUCCGCGAGUUACUAGAUCUUCGUAGUCAAUUGCAAAGCGAUCAGGAGAAAUUAAGUGAAUUAGAAACAAAAAUUGUAAGUUCAGCACCACCAAAAUUUAUUUCAAAGGAAGAGGCAUAUACAGGAAGUACCACAAGUGCUGGAUAUACCUCUAAUGACUAUCACAAUGAUAAUGAAAAAAUGAGUAUCAGAUGUGAAGAAGAUCCACGUAAUGCAAGCAGUGAAUUGUUAUCAGAAACAAGAAGAAGUGAUAUAUUAUUAGAUAAUAACGAAGAAGGUACAAAAUAUAUUCCACAAUUUGGUAAUAAUAGUAAUAAUCGUGCUGUUGUGUUUCUUGAAGAUGAAGAUCUACAAAAGGUACAAGAAGCUGAAUUAAAGCUUGAGGAAGAACGUAAUGAACUGGCUAAUCUCGCUAAGGAAACAAAUUCCAUGGAAGAUCGCUUUGAAAUUGACCGUUCUCGUUGUGAGGCGAUGACAAAACACGUUCAAGGUCUUAAAUGGGAUUAUGAAAAAACGCAUACGGCGUUGAUUGAAGCGAGGAAUGAACGACAACAGUAUGAACUCUUUCAGCAUGAAUGGAAAGAGCGAAAAAUAAUAAGUGAUGAGGCAGAUAAAGGAUUACGAGAGAUAUUUGGUUUAUGUUGUCGUGAUGAGCUGUCUAUUAUCGCCCAAGCAUUGGAGGAUACUCGAGGAUCUAUUACCAAUUGUUCUAAAGCGUUAGCAGAUAAAAUAAGUAAAAACGAAGUGGAACUUGCUGUUUAUCAAAUCGCAUAUAAAGAGCAGCAAGCAGCUGCAGAAGAAUUAAAAGAAGCUAUCAUUCAUCUACAGCAUCAUCAACGGGAGUUGGAACUUUUAGCAAAACGACAGGAAAUAGAGGAAACGAAAAGAAACAGUAUUCGUCAAUUACUCAUGUCAUCACUGUACUUGUCUCCAGGUUCGAGUGAGGUGAUCUCAGAAGAAUUACAACCUGAACAUAAAAAAGAGAUUGAGGAUGAACAUCAAAUGGUGAGUUUGUUAGCGACACGGGUAGGUGUUAUGGAAGAACGUAGGCGGGAAAUUGCAGCAAUUUUAAUGCGUUUAUCUCCAACAGAAGAGGAUAUUGUACGUUUAAAGACUGCUGUGGAACAAGUGAGAAGUAUACUUAUGGAGGAACUUAUUAUUAAUGAGGAAACGAUACGAGAUGUGGAUAGUUCAUAA